UCAGAUCAGAUAAUGAGUAAUCCUGUGGUGGAAGAGGAGGACAGAGCAGAGUCUCCAGUAUCUGGCUGUCUGUCUCUGAAGAGUGACGGUCCAAAGAUCCUCCUCUGAACUUCAGUAAUGAACCUGGACCCUCAGACAUAAAAGUUCAGUACAGACAGAGAGCAGAGUCUCCAGUAUCUGGCUGUCUGUCUAUGAAGAGUGACUCGUCCAGAGAGAUUCCUCUGAACUUCAGUCAUGAACCUGGACCUUCAGACACAAAAGUUCAGUACAGACAGAGAGCAGAGUCUCCAGUAUCUGGCUGUCUGUCUAUGAAGAGUGACUCGUCCAGAGAGAUUCCUCUGAACUUCAGUAAUGAACCUGGACCUUCAGACACAAAAGAGAAGAAGAGGAGUCAUGUUUCUGAGGAGGAGCUGCUGUCCAGAUCCAGAACAAGAGCUGGACUGCAGACAGCCAGUCAGACCAGCUCUGUACAAACAGAUAGAGGUCUGCAGGAGGUUUUAGAUGAACAUAAGAUCAGUCUGAGGAGGAGAUGUGAACGUGUGACUGAAGGAAGUGGGAACAGGAAGUGGAACCUCCUCAACAGGAUCUACACUGAGCUCUACAUCACAGAGGGACAGAGUGAAGAGGUUAAUACCCAACAUGAGGUGAGGCAGCUUGAGUUUGCUUCCAAGAUGAAGACCCUCCAUGACACUCCAAUCAAGUAUCACGACAUCUUUAAAGCCUCAUCAGACCAACAGACACGCGUCAGAGUCGUUCUGACGAAUGGCGUCGCCGGCGUUGGAAAAACCUUCACAGUGCAGAAGUUCACUCUGGACUGGGCAGAGGGUUUGGAAAACCAAGAUGUCAGUCUGGUGAUUCUGCUUUCAUUCAGGGAGCUGAACUUGAUCAAAGAUGAGCAGUACAGUCUUCUGAAGCUGCUCCAGGUUUUCCAUCCAACAUUACAGAAGGUCACAGCAGAGAAGCUCUCUGUCUGUAAACUUCUGUUCAUCUUUGAUGGUCUGGAUGAAAGCAGACUUUCAUUGGAUUUCCACAACAAUGAGGUCGUGUCUGAUGUCACACAGAAGGCAUCGGUCAACAUGCUGCUGACAAACCUCAUCGAGGGGAAUCUGCUUCCCUCGGCUCUCGUCUGGAUAACUUCCAGACCUGCAGCAGCCAAUCAGAUCCCUCCUACACGUGUUGACAGGGUAACAGAAGUACGAGGCUUCACGGACCCCCAGAAGGAGGAGUACUUCAGGAGGAGAUUCAGUGAUGAAGAGCUGUCUAGCAGAAUCAUUUCACACAUCAAGACAUCCAGGAGCCUCCACAUCAUGUGUCUAAUCCCAGUCUUCUGCUGGAUCACUGCUACAGUUUUGGACCACAUGUGGACUACAGACCAGAGAGGAGAGCUGCCCAAGACCCUGACUGACAUGUACACACACUUCCUGCUGGUCCAGACAAAGAGGAAGAAGCAGAAGUACCAUGAGGGACAUGAGACGAGUCCACACGAGCUGAUGGAGGCUGAUAGGGAAGUUCUUCUGAAGUUGGGGAGGCUGGCGUUUGAACAUCUGGAGAAAGGGAACAUCAUGUUCUACCAAGAAGACCUGGAGCAGUGUGGUCUUGAUGUCACGGAGGCCUCGGUGUUCUCAGGAGUUUGUACCGAGAUCUUCAAAAGAGAGAGUGUGAUCUUCCAGAAAACAGUCUACUGCUUUGUUCAUCUGAGUGUUCAAGAGUUUCUGGCUGCCGUCUACAUGUUCCACUGUUUCACAAACAGGAACAAGGAGGUACUGAAGGACUUCAUGGGAGAAGACUGGGAAUACAAGUACAGUUCCUCAUCCCUGGAUAUUGAUUCCUCAUUGGAUAGUGAUUCAUCUUUGACUGAGGAAGAUAAUGAUGGUGACAAUGACAAUCUUUAUGGUGAAUGUGAUGACACUGAUCCAUCCCUGGAGGACUUCCUGAGGAGUGCCAUGGAGAAAUCAUUUAAAAGUAAGAAUGGCCACCUUGACCUGUUUGUCCGCUUCCUUCAUGGCCUCUCUCUAGAGUUCAACCAGAGACUCCUAGGAGGCCUGCUGGGUCAGACAGACAACAGUCCAGAAACCAUUCAAAGAACCAUCAUCAACCUGAAGGAGAUGAACAGUGAUACAAUCUCUCCUGACAGAAGCAUCAACAUAUUCCACUGUCUGAUGGAGAUGAACGACCUCUCAGUACAUCACGAGAUCCAAGAGUUCCUGAAGUCAGAGAACAGAUCAGAAGAGAUUCUCUCAGAGAUCCACUGCUCAGCUCUGGCCUACAUGCUGCAGAUGUCAGAGGAGGUUCUGGAUGAGUUGGACCUGGAGAAGUACAACACAUCAGAGGAGGGACGACGGAGACUGAUUCCAGCUGUUAGGAACUGCAGAAAGGCUCUACUUUCUGGCUGUCGACUCGAAGAGACUCACUGUGAAGUCGUGGUCUCAGCUCUGAAGUCCAACCCGUCCCAUCUGAGAGAGCUCGACCUGAGUUACAAGCACCUGCAGGAUUUGGGAGUGGAGCAGCUGUCUGCUGGACUGGAGAGUCCACACUGUAGACUGGAGACGCUGAGGUUGUGGGACUGCUGGAUGUCAGAGAUCAGCUGUUCUUCUCUGGCCUCAGCUCUGAAGUCCAACACCUCCCAUCUGAGAGAGCUGGAUCUGAGUGUAAACAACCUGCGGGAUUCAGGAGUGAAGCGGCUGUCUACUGGACUGCAGAGUCCACACUGUAGACUGGAGACUCUGAGGUUGAGAAACUGCGGUUUGUCAGAGAUCAGCUGUUCUUCUCUGGCUUCAGCUCUGAAGUCCAACCCCUCCCAUCUGAGAGAUAUUGAGCUGAGUAACAACAACCUGGAGGAUUCAGGAGUGAAGCUGUUGUCUGCUGAACUGGCGAGUCCACUCUGUAGACUGGAGACUCUGUGGCUGAGAAACUGCGGUUUGUCAGAGAUCAGCUGUUCUUCUCUGGCCUCAGCUCUGAAGUCCAACCCCUCCCAUCUGAGAGAGCUGGAUCUGAGAGAAAACAACCUGCAGGAUUCAGAUGUGAAGCUGCUGUCUGCAGGACUGCAGAGUCCACACUGCAGACUGGAGACUCUGAGGAUGGACGACAAGUUGAUCACAGCUGACAAACACACAAAAUAUGCCGAACCGAAUGUGAAAGAAAAUGUGGCUAAGGACAACAAAUAGGUCCAGGUGUCCCAGUCCAGGUGUGUUCCAGUGUGCUUUGACUGGAGUGGUGUUAUGGCUCAAGAGGCGGAGCUGCUGUACUGGACUGUCCAAUGGAAUGAGAGCCUCCUCCAAUCAACUGCAAACGGAAGCAGGGCAUCACACCUAUAUCAUGCCGAGAAAAGUUAUUUUAAUGAAAAUCACUCAGUCACCAAAAUACGCUCUUUGUACAAAAGGAAUUGUUUGCUCUUUAAUGCAACAUGUUUUUUGUUUUUUUAAAGAUGUUACUUUUUUUUUUUAAAUGUACCAUGAUUUACUAAAUGUACUAUCAUGUUUUGAAGAAGACUU